GUAUUAUUUACAGCAAUUUCUCCUGCUUUAUUCAUUCGUAAAAUGAUCGCCCAACGUAUAACUAUUCUUUUGGAAUUACUCUUAUUUUUGUCGAAUAACUUGUGCUGCACUUUAAAUGACACACAUGCAAUUAUAUUAGCUCGUGGAGGCUCGAAAGGAAUUAAAAAUAAAAAUUUAUUACAAUUUAAUGGAAACAGUAUACUUGGAACUACUAUAAAAACUAUUAAAAAAUCUGGCAUGUUUGAAAAUAUAUGGGUUUCCACCGAUAGUGAUGUAAUUGAAAUGGAGGCAUUAAAACAUGGUGCACUGGUGUACAGAAGACUUCAUGCAUUUGCUCAAGAUCAUUCAUCGUCUUUGGAAGCAAUAAAAGAAUUUUUAAAUAAACACAAUUUUGUUAAAAAAUUUGCUUUAUUUCAAUGUACAUCAGUAUUUUUAAAGGAAAAGUACAUUGUAGAAGCAGUUCAUAAAUUUAAUUUUCACCCAUGUGUCUUCGCCGCUAAAAGGUCACAUAAGUUAAGAUGGAAACAACUAGGAAAUAAUUUAAUUUUGCCUCUAAAUUUCAAUCCCUUUCAAAGGCCAAGGCGACAGGAUUGGGAAGGAGAAUUUGAUGAAACUGGAAUGUUUUAUUUUUCAACUAAACAAUUAGUAAGCAAAAAUAGUUUACAAGACAAUAGGUGUGCAAUAGUAGAAGUCGAUGCCCAAGAUGCAAUAGAGAUUGAUAAUUUGAAUGAUUUAAAAAUGGCGCAAUGUAUGCUUGAAGUGACUAAAUAAAAAAAUAAAUAAUAUGUAUAUCAACUGCGGUGAUCGUGUUACUUCUUACAAUUGAAUAAUUUAAAUAGCUCAGCAGUAUUGGAAUGACUUUGAGCACAAAAAUUAUUUUUAUGCACUGAAAUCUUUAAAAAAAUAAACUUUAUAAUUGUUGUUUUACUUGUG